CGUAUUAAAAUCGCCGGCAGUUAGUUUGCCGUAGUCGUUCGCACAAUAGCCACCAUAUAGGAUAGGUAUCGUGUACUUUGCUCUGCUUUGGCGUUCAUUUUUUGUCCCCCCUGGGAUUAAACGUGGAAUUGUUGGUCGAUAAGGUUUGUGACCGCGUUCGCACUUUUCUUAGGAAUCUCAAACCAGCAUUUCGCAUUCAUCCAUCGGGAACAUGACCGAGGAAAAAAGACCGCUGGACGUCAUAAUAUUCGGUGCAACUGGGUUCACCGGUAAAUAUACAGUACUCCAGGCCAUCAAAUUGCUGGACGGUUUGAAAUGGGGCGUCGCUGGACGAAAUAAAGAUAAGCUUAUUUCAGUCCUUAAUUGGGCAAGUACCGAUCUUGCGGAGAUUCCGAUAGUCAUCGCAGAUGUUAAGGAUCCGGAAUCGCUGAACGCGAUGGCCAAGCAAUGCCGAAUAGUGGUGAACUGCUGUGGGCCUUAUCGAUUCUUCGGGGAGCAGGUUGUCAAGGCCUGUGUUGAAGCUGGUACACACCACGUGGACGUUAGCGGAGAACCGCAAUACAUGGAACGCAUGCAACUUCUGUAUCAUGAAAAGGCUCAGGAAAAAGGAGUGUACAUAGUAUCCGCUUGCGGUCUUGACAGUAUCCCUACAGAUUUGGGAACCGUGUUUCUGGAGAAUCAGUUCAACGGUGUAGUGAAUUCUGUUGAAUCCUUCAUUGGGGUAACUAACAAAUCGCCAAACGCCGGUGGGGCUGUCAUUCAUUAUGGCACCUGGGAAUCGGCUAUCUAUGGGUUAGCCCACGCAAACGAGCUACGGUCUUUGCGCAGUAAACUCUUUCCAGUGCGUUUGCCCAAUUUUCAACCUCGUCUCAAGGAUCGACCCCUGGUUGGAAAAGUUCGUUCUUUGAACAAUAGCUGGUAUGUUCCGUUUCCAGGUUCUGAUCGUUCGGUUGUCAUGCGUUCGCAGCGCUUCUUCUAUGAUAACGAUAAAAAACGACCCAUUCAAAUGAAGGCUUAUGUUUUGUUCAAUUCAUUAUUGCACGUGAUUUUGAUUGGAAUUUUUGGUGGAAUUUUCGCUCUCAUGUCACGGUUCAAGUUGGGACGUCAACUGUUGUUGAAGUAUCCCGUAUUCUUCUCGGGUGGAUACGUCUCACAUGAGGGUCCCUCUGAGGAGUCGAUGAACAGCACUGACUUUGCCAUUUAUUUGAUCGGUGAAGGAUGGGCAGGGGACAAACAACAGCUGGAGGUCACUAACCAACUCAAGACGCCACCGGAAAAAAAGAUCUACGUCAAGGUAUCUGGAAACAAUCCCGGCUAUGGGUCCACAUGUGUAGCUCUGCUUCUCUCGGCCACCACCAUUCUGAACGAGCAUGCCAAAAUGCCGUCGACUGGUGGAGUUUAUCCUCCUGGAGCGGCAUACUACAAAACCAACUUAAUCGAAGAACUGUGCAAACACGGGUUGAAGUUUGAAGUUAUCGAAAAGCCUAAAUAAAAAAGUUUGGCGCCAAAUUAACAUCACCAUUGAAAA